AUGUUUCAGGAAGUUGCAACAUGGAGGGUUUAAACGCAGGUUGUGCAUCCCGAGUUUGAAACAUCCUUGAGCGGGAUUUUAAUGAGGACUUUCUGACAGCAGGCGGUGAACAUUUCUAUCCUCUGAGAUGCGUCUCCACGUCAUCACCGCAGCUUUUCUCUGGGCUGCGUUUGUGGACUCGAGGAAAAUCAGAGGAAUAUCUUCAUCUUAUAAAAGGUUCUACAGGGAGAGGAAGUCCUUUUUGUGCAUAGAUGGGUCAAGAAUGAUCCCCUUCGAGCAAGUGAACGACGAUUACUGCGACUGCGCAGACGGCUCUGAUGAACCAGGUACCUCAGCAUGUCCUCGUGGUCGAUUCUACUGCACCAACCUUGGUUUUAGGCCGCACUACAUCCCAUCAUCAAGAGUCAAUGAUGGCAUCUGCGAUUGCUGCGAUGCUUCAGAUGAAUACAACAGCCAUGUUCGCUGCCAGAACACUUGCUGGAAUCUGGGACAAAAAGAGCGAGCAUACGUCGAGGGUCAGAUGAAGACCUUGGACGAAGGUUUGAGACUCAAACAGCAGCUGAUUGAGGAGGGGGUGCUGCUCUGGAGGGAGAAACAGGCGCAGCUCAGGGAGCUUCAGCGGGCUGCUGAAGAUCUGCAGAUCAAAUUAGAGGAGCAGAGGAGGAGGAAACAUGAGGCUGACCGACUCAAAGAGCAAACAUUAAAGGGUCUGGAAGCAAGGAAUAAAGGUUUUAGACAUCAGAACAGCACUAUAUCGCACCUUUUUCAACUACUGGACAGCAACAAAGAUGGCAGUAUAUCGGUGGAUGAAAUCAAAGCUAAAGUGGUUCUUGUCCAUGAUGAGAAGCGGGUUCUCUCUGAGGAUGAAGCACUGACCUUGUUGGGUGGAGGCCCUCAAAUGGGUCUUAGCAAGUUUGAAAACACACUCUGGGACGUCCUGAUUCGAGGCAACAACUAUAAGAUCAAAGAUGCCUACAGUGCCCCAGGUGGUCUCAUGAGUGAGGAUCCUCACUUAAAGGCAGCUGAGAGAGCACAUUAUCCUGCUCCAUCUGCUGCCAGGAGACAGAGCCAGGUAUUUAUGGUGGGCAUAAAAACUGCAGAGUGGGAGGCUACUGACUUGAAGAAGGUAGAGGAAGCCUACGAGACAGUCAACAUGGAAAUAAGUGAUCUACAGAAGAAGCUGGAAAUAGACUAUGGGACAGAUUGGGAGUAUUUGUAUCUGAACGGCCAAUGCUACAAGCUUAAAGUUUACGAGUAA